AUGGUGAAUCGGAAACAUCAUUCAACAUUGAAUAUGAAGAAAUACAUUGUAGGAAAAUUUGAAAAUGGUAAGAAAAAUCUUUCAACAUAUACAUGUACAUACAUAUCUAUUAUUCAUAUGAUAUAUGCUGAAAUCAGUUCAAAUGAUACUAAUGUUACUAAUAAUACUACCCCUCCUCCUCCUUCUCCUCCUACUAAUACUACUACUACUACUACCACUACUACUACUACCACUACUACUACUACCACUACUACUACUACCACUACUACUACUACUACUACUACUACUACUACUACUACUACUACUACUACUACUACUACUACUACUACUACUACUACUACUACUACUACUACUACUACUACUACUACUACUACUACUACUACUACUACUACUACUACUACUACUACUACUACUACUACUACUACUACUACUACUACUACUACUACUACUACUACUACUACUACUACUACUACUACUACUACUACUACUACUACUACUACUACUACUACUACUACUACUACUACUACUACUACUACUACUACUACUACUACUACUACUACUACUACUAAUAAUAAUAAUAAUAAUAAUAAUAAUAAUAGAGUAAUGAAAAACUCAAUUCCAAUUAGAUUCCCCUUAAUAGAUUUUUCGUAUUACAUUUUUCAUCUCUAA